AUUAGAUGUCUGUUUAACUGUAAACUUUCUAGAAGUAUGAGCGAAUUGGGUUAAAGUACUGUAUAUGUUCCUGUGGUCGCUUAGUGAUGGACGGAAGAUUGUGUUGUUGUUCUCUUGGUAACGGAGACUCGGGGCCUCGGUGUCAAGUACACUGAUUUACGGAAACGUACAACUAAAAAAAAAAUACAAGACUUUACUUUUUAAAAUACAUAUGCAUAGUUCUGGAUACCCAGAUUAAGAUUUGUGUUACAUCACCUGUUCAGACCAGGACGUUGCCAUGACGGUGAAGACAGACUCUGACAUGGCAGGUAGUAAAUGGACCAAUAAGCUACAAAUGCACUUUGUCCAUGCAGCGUGAAAGGAAGAGGAAGGAAGCGAGGGAAAUGGAGGGAAAAAGAAACAUCACCAGAGUGCGUAUACGUGCCUGGACCCCUGCCUCAGGAUACUCUUCACCGCCAAGCCCAGUCAGCUCACAACUCAGCUGGGAUGAGGGCAGAGACGCGGACUUCCAGAACCAGAUGGAUGAGAAUGGUAUCAUUGGUCUGAGAGAGACACAAGAGGAGACUUCAGAGCAAGAAGACGAGGUUGUAUUAGAAGAAGAAGAGGACAUGUUAUCAGAUGUUUAUACUCCAGAACCUGAAGAUGGUCCAUCUCCAGUGCUGGAAGAUCUCAGCUGUCACCUGAGUGAGCUGCUGGACUCAGAGCCCAUAGGAGAUGACUCUCUCUCACCCAGACACAACAAUAUGGAGUGUAGUGUUUCUCUGGAAGACUGGAGUGAUGAUGAUGAUGACGACAUUGAUAAUGAAGAGAAACUUGAUGAGGAAGAUGAAGAGAGCUUUAACAUCCGCAGACCCACAUUCCCACAUUCAAGACCAGAUAGAGAUUUCAUUUCAGAAAUUCCACAUGAAGAGACUGAGGCUGGAGCUUUAACGAUGGUUAAGCUGCAUGGAGACGAGUCGCAUCCUCUAGAAAUGAAUAUAGUGCCUCGGGAUAACUGGACGGACAGCUGUGAUAUCACCAGUCGUGAAGGAAUGAAUAAUACCAACAAAUCUGAUAUAGCAGAUUUAGGAACUUGCACACCCUCCCAGAACAGUUGUGAUGAGAGGAGCCAUUUGUCUUCCUCACCCUCCUUCAGAAAUGCUCCUCAGUCCCAUAUCCAUCCUCACAUCCCAAAACUGACUUUACAUGACGAGGCGAGUAACCAUGGGAUUGAAGAUGAAACAUACGCAAAGCUACCUGGGACUUACAGCCUUCGACUCAGACACAGCCCUAGGACUUACCCACCUAUCAGAGUAGCGGAGGAGGAGAAAGAGCCUGUUCCUGCACUGAGGAGAUUUCAUUUAGAAAAUGGUUUACCUGCUGGACCGCAGGAACGUCACCAUCAGCCUCCUAGUUCCACUCUUCAACAGAUAGAUUCUACACCACAGAUGAAUCACUCAUCUUCCAACUCAUCUGCAAAGCCUACAGCUAAAGAUUUCACAUCGGGACACAGGAGACACCACAGACCCCCUAAGAUCUCUCAAACUGACCUGAAAGAUGUGAGGAAUGGCCAGCUGAGUCACCCGUUACCAGAUUUUUCCAAAGUGGAGCCAAGAGUUCGUUUUCCCAAAAGCAGAUACACUCCCCCGAAGAGUCGCAAGCCCCCUCACAAAGAAAACUCGAAACCUGAAGCUUCUGUCCUGUUCAAAUCCCCGGCUGACAUUGUGAGGGAAGCUCUGUUGAGUAAUACUGAAGGGCCCUCGGAUUCCGUAGCCUCCGCAGACUCCAAGAAACCAUUGAAUACUACAACGCCCGAGCAGUUUUGGUGCCCUCUGCAGGCCAGCGCUAUGGUGCAACAGCUUCAGGAGGAUUACAAUAGGCUUCUAACAAAGUAUGCAGAAGCUGAGAAUACAAUCGACAGGCUACGUUUGGAAGCCAAGGUAUGCUUACACUCGGAUCCUCCCAAACCUAGCCAGCAUGCUCUGUCAGGUGUUCUGAGGGAGGGGUCAAAGGUUAUAGCCCUGAGUUUCCCCCAGGCUCAGAGGGCAGAGCUGGGCAUCGAUGCUGUCCAGCCGACUCAGCAAAGGCUCAGUUCAGCUACCGGAGCGACACCCAAUCGCCCGUCUUCUGUGGAGUCUUUUACUUCCAGCUGGAGGGAAUCUCCUACUGCACCUCCACUAACUGAAGCACUCUCCAAUCAGAUGGCGAGAUUUCAGAUACAGAUUAAUGAGUUUGAGAAGCUGCUAAAGAGUCACAGACUUAAAUCUUCUGAGCAGGCACAGGGGUUGUCUCAGCUGACUCAGGGUCAGGAGUCGAUGGAAAAGGCUUACCUUGCUGCACGUGAAAAGCAUCAACAAGUGCAGAGGCAAACAGGAGGGAGGUCACAAACCUUUGACCCUGACAGGGAACUCGAAAGUCUGAUAUUUCAGGCAGGGAUACAACUGGAGGAACUAAAGGAGUGGAUAGAACAUUCUGAACAUGUUCAGCUUACAGAAGCUACUCCAAGCAACCCCACUCAUGCCCUUCAGCCCUUCGUGUCUCUGAAUGAGACAGAGCCACAGCCUGAGAACCCAGCCUCUGCAGCUCAUGUAGAAGUCACAGUCGGCGUGGAGGUGAGUUCCGUCAGUGGGGAGAGUGACGGAGAGAAAGAGGAGGGUGAAGAAGACAUGCUUCCAUCUGUCCUCCAUCCCCUUAAACACAAACAUCAACGUGUGGAGAAAGACUUUAGCAAGCUGAUGGACAACUACCAGGACUUUAGAGAUUUCUCCAAGCUACUAGACGGAGACCAGGCUCAAGUGGAUCACAAUUCCCUGGAGUUACAGGAUCUUUCUCCUCACCCAGCCAGAAUUGAUAGGAUAGAGAGUAAACAGCAGCAGAGGAGUGAAAACAAGCGGCACGCAGACAAACCUCUCCAGCCAGUGCCAGUGGCAGACUCUCUCUCAGGCCCUUCUGGUAGCUCACAUGUGUGUAACUCCAUGGAAACUGUCCCAGAGGCCUCAGUCCCAGAUUCAGAAUUACCAAGGAAACAGGGCAGUAGAAGAAGUGCUACAGGUAGCAUAAAGUCCCACAGCAGCCAGGGAAAGAGUGCAGCCAUGGGAAAAAGGGUCUCUAAAGAGAAUGACAGAACCCUGGGAACACAGCUUCAGGAUGGUGUGGUAACUCCAGAAACAGAUAGUGGGUUCUUGGGCUCGGAGAGCAGUCGACUCACACCUGCAGCACAAAGCCCUGUCCAGCAGAGGGCAGCAUUGAGGGCGACAAGGCCAUCUGUCACACAGGAAAAGUGCAGAAUAAAUCCUGAUUCUAGCGCUCCAACACACACACUUCCAUCUUCAGAUGCCUCUAGAGCCCAUGUCAUUGCUUCUGGAGGUGCUCCAGGGUCCUUGGGGAGAAGAGGAGGGGCAAGGAUGCAUCACAAUCCCAGUUCAUCUGCCUCCAGCUCCCCCCUGCGCUGGCCUAGUACACCUCUCCAGCCUUGGCCUAGUAGUGUCAUUAGCGAGCUGGAGCAACAGAGCGAAUGUGCCCAUUCCUUAUCAGAAGAUGGAAUACGACAGGGUGACCAACAGACACAACCGUCCAAUCAGGAUCCCCUUUAUCUCAGAAGCUCCUCCCUUACUGCACCCUAUCACCAUGGUGACCACCUCAAUGCCCAAAGUUCUGGGCAGCUGGCGAAUCACCAUGAGGCCAUCGAGUCUCUUCAGGCAGAGGUACACAGACUCAGAGAGCACUUAGAGGGAACUCUCAGGACAGCCGGUCCUCUCCAUCGUGUGAGGGCACCCUAUUCUCCCUCAAAAGACAUUAGGGACCAUGCACGUCCUCACACAUCUACGCCUCAUCCACAGCAGCGUGAUUUCAGGGAGAGAAAGACUGCCAGCACGAGAGAUCCAAGAGAGACUGUGGGCACUGUGAAGAUUGAGCAUGAGAAAACUAUACCAAGAAGAAGAUCAGCAUCUGUGCCCCGCCUCAGACCAGAGCCAGAUACCAGUACAGAUUCGGACCAUACACAGUUUAAAGUCAUGACACCAGACCACAUCCAAGCAUCACCUGUGAUGAUACAGACAACGCGGAGAGCGAGGGCUGAAACUAGACGAAGCCCAAAGACCACCUCAAAUCGCCAGAAGCAUAGCUUAUCAGCUGACAGAUCACAUGUGAGAAAUACUGAGGCUGAACCUAGAGGGAGACCAGUACCUUUGUGCGCUAGCUGUAUGGCAAGACGCAACAGAACCUCCGAAUGUAAAGCAAGAAACGUUAGCUCACCUAGUCACGCUCGUUUCUACUCUGAUCACUGUCCACUGUGUGGAGCACCAAAAAGAGAGACAGUCUGUCCACCUGCAAACCAAAGCUCAGUGCCGAAGGAAAUUCGGCCUGUGAGGCCCACGCGCAUGCAGACAGGGGGCGUAUACCUGGCAGUAGCACCUCCUCCUCCUCCACUGAUUGGCAGUGUGCCUUUGCUCCAGUGUAUGCAAGUCUGUCCUUCGGUCCUCUACUACUCCAGCCCUGUGGUUUCAGCCUCCUACCAAAAGCCUCUUUACAUUUCACAGAGUGAAGGGAAAGGCUACAGGGGUCAUCGUAUGCGCUCGCACUCUGUAGAUGCUCAGCACGCUCUCAACCGCUCUCUGGGCCGCGCCAUCGCCGCCGUCGGUAGCGUGAGAGAGAUGUCUGAGCGCAUGGUGAGCUCUCUUUCCUCAGGACUGCAUCACAUGAGCCCACUCGCAAAAUCAUGUACCUACUGACGCUGCCGCCCUUCUCUAAGUUGACCUCAAGAGAAAGCAGACUGCAGCUUGCAGGCUCAGCCUUCUUGACCUUACAUGUGGACACUCACAACUUAACUAUGGCAGAUGUACUGUAAUAAGCUUCACAUAUUGCACUGUUUACCGUAGUUUACAUGCCCAUUU